UCUCUCUCUCGUUCCGUACGUAUAGCAGAUACCCGAACCCUUGAUUUCGAACUGUAAUGAAACACGAAGGAUAACAAGUUCUUGACUUAUGCAGGGUUUUUAACUGCCGCUUUUACUCGACGUACGUAACGCCUCCUGGGUCGGAGCUAUUGCGUGAUGGAGCGCUGUGUAUGAGGGAGAUGCGGGAGAAGUAAUAAAUUCAAGGACCGAAGUUUUGAGAAAGAGGGCACGAGUUCCGUUAAAUACUUAGUAAGUGGCUAUAGUUCAAGAGUUGCACGAACAAAAUUAGCAUUGGAGAUAAGACCAUAUUCAACAAUGUCAGGCUUCUCAUCCUCAUUCUCUUCAUUAUCCUCCCCUUCCCCAUUCUCCUUCGCAACCUCCUCCUCUUCUUCCCCCUUCGGCUUCUCCUCCUCCUCACAAAACCCUACCUCUUUUUUCUCCUUCUCUCUCAAUCCCUCUCCAAACCCUACCUCUUCCUCCUCUGCCCCCUCUCUCUUCGGAACCACCACCCUGCCCUCAUUGGCCGCCGCCGCCACCCCUUCCUUCGGCUUCGGCUUCUCCAAUCCUCCGGCCCCGGCUUUGUUCGGAUUCUGCUCCUCGGCAGCUUCUUCCGCCCCUUUGUUUGGUACGGGUGCAGCCUCAUCCCCAUUUGAGAAUUCAAGUAUGUUUUCAACUGCUCCAAAAUUGUUCGGAUCUACUACUCCCAGUUCCAUUUCAAGCACCGGUGCAUCGGUUUUCGGGUCUUCAACCACAUCAAAUUUGUUCGGAACCAGUACUUCGACUCCCACUCCCGUUUCAACACCCAGCACGACUGUUUUUGGGUCUUCAAUUACUCCAAACUUGUUCGGAACGGGUGUUCCCAGCUCUGUUUCAACUGGUUUCGGGUCUUCAAUUACUACGCCAAACUUGUUCAGGUCUUCUGCUCCCAGCCCUCUUUCGACUACCAGUACAACAACACUCUUUGGGUCUACCACUCCGGGUCCGGUUUUGACUCCCACUGCCAACUUGUUUGGGUCUUUUGUUGCAAAUAAUUCAGCUUCUACCGGUCCAAGCUUGUUUGGAUCAGCUUCUACUGGUACUACUGAUGCUUCUCCACUUGCUUCUUCCAAUUUGUUUGGAGCUGGUACAUCCGGUGCAACUUUAUCUUCUUCUCCGUUAUUUGGGUCUUCAACUUCGGCUUCAACCGCACCUUCUUUUCCUAGUUUGUUUGGGUCAUCUUCCUCAAGUUCAACUUCGUCUUCACCUUUUACCUUUCCAGCCACUUCGGCAAUCUCUUCUUCAACAACAACAACUGCGGUUUCAUCUUCAUCAACAGGCUCGUCGAAUUUCUCCUUUGGGAUGCCAGCAUCUUCUUCUGGUUCUCAAUCUUCAUUUGGGUUUGCAAAUGUAGUUUCUAAUGUUGGCACGGGCACAAGCACUCCAGCUGCAAAACCCACGUCCAUAGGCUUUGGAACUUCUUCAUCUACUUUGUUUUCUACCAUCACAACCACCACAAGCGCUUCAACUCCAACCGCCACAGUAACCUCAUCUUCUGCUCCUACUACUAUUACUACUGCUGCUUCGGUGGCUCCUGUUCCAGUAUUUGCCCUUAGUUCCUCAUCCUCAACUACUGCUUCAACAACAGUUGCUUCAUCAACCCCUGCUAUUACCUUUCCAAGUUUUAGUAGCACCACGAGCGUAGCUGCAACCUCGGCCACUACAAGUUCAAUUCAAAGUUUUUCACUGUCUAAACCACUGACCCCGGCCUCAUCCUCACAAGCCCAAUUGACGACUGCUUUGCCCCUGUUUGGUGAAGAUCUAUUGAACGGGCGAGGUAGCGAGCCCUUGGGUGAUUUUGGUCGAGGUGUGACUGAGAGUGCCAUGGCUGAGGAAACAGGACACGGGGAAAUUGGCACAGGAGUUCAUUCUGGGGAGGUUCAAGCAGCAGAGGUACAGGCAGAACAGAUGCAGGAGGACGCACCUCCUUUGAUCCAAACCGACAUAAGGAUGCAGCCCGAAAGUAUGGAGAUCACCGUGGAAGAGGCAGCGUGGAAUGCUGAGAAGCAGACAGUAGAAGAGGAAAGGGUACCGACUCCUCGUGAGGUGAUCCGCAACUUCCCCACGGGUCACGUGGAUGAGGUAUGCUUCCCCCUUCUGAAUUCCAUCGCGCUGGUUCAUCCUGAGACGUUCACCAACUUCAGGUGCCACUCCUUAGCUGCUGCUGGAUCUUUCCUUACGAUGCUCCACGACUCUGUCCGCGACUGGAAUCAGACCCCCGUCCGCGCUUUCACUCCGGCAAAGGAACAAGAACUCCAAGCCUUAAGUCUUGAUCUUGCACAAGUGGGCUUUGACCUUGGCUGGAUGACUCAACGAGGGGCUGAGGUAUUGGCUGCCAGGCAGAGGCGAGAGGUCCAAGAGAGGAUCCGCGUGCUGACAGACAGGCUGGAAUCCACGCGGAAGCAGGUGGCUGACAUUGAGGGGGAGCUAGCUGAGGCCCAACUGGAAGAUCUGGAGUUAGCCUCUGGAGCGCCCCAUGAGUUUAACCCUGAUGAGUCUGUUUUUGGGGGAUUGUUGCCCCCGUAGCUGUUUUGUAUACAUAUUUUGUUAUUCAGUUAAAUUCCGUAUGACUAUGUUUUGAUAAUAUUUUUUUUUUGAGUUUUUAAUUGCCGCACUCUUAGUACCAAGUUGUUUCAUCUAUC